GCCGCCUGCAAUUAUCUAGUCGUAGUUGGUAGAAAAUGAAACUCGAGGAACCUUCGGUUGCCAUGUCAGCUUGUCCUUCAAUCUCAUCAUUAUUUGGACUUGUCCUUGACAUUUUGCUAGUAAAACUUUUCUUUUAAGUAAUAUUCUUGACUCGGUUUGAGGUUUCGGAAGUCUUUUUAGCGGUAAAAAUAGCUAUACUGCUCUGGAGAUGGUGUGUGUUCUUGAAGCUUGCUAAUCGGUUAUGGCACAGAUUCAACCAACUGCUUCCUUAUUCUUCCCAAUUGAGUCACCUGAGAAAAUGAAACCCUAGAAGAGAGUUCUGACUUAUUGGCACAUGUCAGUUUGGCACAUGUCUGGUGUGGCUUUGCACGGUUCACGUGAAGUGAAACCCUGCAGCGUACUGUCAAACUGGUGACAUUUCCUUUCUAUAAAAGGAGAAAGCUACAUAAGUGGCAAGUUAGUUCUUGGAUCGGUGAGUAUAGUUUUCGCAUUACUUGCUGGUGGUUGUGUCUCACAUUAUUGGUGCCCACUGCGAAUAUGAGUGACAAAUCCCUGACUCAAUCGUGUGUUCUUCAGAGACAAGAGAAAAGGCUGCAAAAGGAGCUUGUCUCCUUGAUCAAGGAACCUCCUCCUGGUGUUGUGAUCGAUGGAGAAUCUGUGGGCCAGAGCCUGGACUUGUUGGUGUUGAGUAUUAAUGGAGCUCAAGGAACGAUUUACGAAGGGGAGCAGUUUCAGUUACAGUUUCGUUUCGGACCAAAGUACCCUUUCGAUUCGCCCGAGGUUGUUUUCGUCGGAUCGGAGAUCCCUGUCCAUCCGCACGUCUACAGCAACGGCCACAUCUGCCUCAGUAUAUUGACCGAUGACUGGUCACCGGCUCUGUCCAUUUUUUCGGUCUGUGUUUCCAUUAUCUCAAUGCUCAGCUCUUGUAAAGAAAAGAAGAGACCACCGGAUGACAGUAUGUACGUGAAAACGUGCAGCAAGAACCCAAAGAAAACCAAAUGGUGGUACCACGACGAAGAAGUGUAAAACGGGUUGAUAUCUCUCCCCCUCGAUUCCCGCUACGAAAAGAAAAAGAACCUGUUUCACGCUGGCGAUGCUCGCGUCAGAGACAAUCUAGUCGCCAAAAAAAUACGAAAGAAAACAAAAAUGGAUUUUCUUUUUUCAGUUGUCAAAAUUUUCCACCCUUCCGAAUCGAUCGCGUUGAUUUCCCAUUCCCGAUAUUGACCUACUACUUCCUCGCAUAACGAAACAGUUCCUCUCUGUCUUGAUUAAUAUGCGGUUGAUACUCUCCAAUUUUUGACUUGUAGCAAUAUUCACGAAAAACUACAGAUGUGUAAUGUUUCACACUUUUGGCGUUUGAUUUUUCGACUUUUAAUCGACAUCAAAUCUACGAAGCCUUUUUCCCCCCUUCUACUGUGUUUUAUCUUACCCCCACCCAUUCUUUAAAUGUUAAACGAAAAAUAUUUCGCUCGUAUAAAAUUUGUUUCAACUAUUAUACUCAAAUUCUUUUUCAUUUCACGUUUGGAAGACAAAAAAACUAAACGAUUUGAAUUAGCCAAGUAAAUAAUGAAUUGUAUAUUUCUGAAAUGGUUUCAAAAUCAGAGGGUAGUAGGGCGCAAAUUUUGUAAUCGACUUUUUCUGUUUUAUUAUCCUUUUCGAGAACAUUUUUUGAUGUGUGUGUGUGUGUGUCUUGUGUGAUGUUUUUGUUUCGAAAGAAAUAGAAGAAGAGAUUAAAGUUC